AUGAUAGAUAUGGUUCUUACAAAUCAGAAUGCAUGUGAAAUUUUGGGACUUCCUUUAGACCCUGAUAUUAAUUCCGUCUCAACAAGAUACAAGCAGUUAGCCAUCAGGUGGCACCCAGAGAAACACAAGUUUUCUGCUGAAUCUGUUAAGAAAUUCAAACAAGUAAGCCUUGCAUAUAGAAAACUCACAUCCCCAGAGUUUAACCAAGAUUUAAAUAUGAAUGAGUGUUUAUCAAUCUUCCAGCAAGUCGUGUUUAAAAGAUCAGGAAACAAUAAUGUAGUAUAUGACCAGUCUGAUUCCAGUGAUGAUAGUGAUGAUGAUGAUGACGACUCUGAGGAUUCAGACAGCCAACUUCCAAAUGACCGUUUGCACAAAAAGGAUUCCAGCUCAAAUUAUGCAAGGUCAGAGAACUGUCCAAAGGAUAUGACAGAUGAAGAAAGGGAGCGCCGAAGGGCAGAAAAACGUAGAGCCAAGAAAAAAAGACAGAGGGAAAGAAAACGACUUGAGAAGGAACAGAAGUCAAAUGGCACAAGUAAAAGCAAAAAGGAGAAAAAGUCAUUGUGUCAUGAAACAACAGCUGUUGUACAAGAAUCUUCUUCAUCAGAGGAUGACACAUUGUUUGAUCCAAAGUCUGCGUUCUUCACCAAAGUUCUGAGUAAGAAGAGAAAGAAUGGGCCAGGAGGAGAUCAGCUUCAGUUAGGAACCAAGGAGCAGCCUGAGGACAAACGCAGUGAUGAUGAGAUCAGAAAUACAGAGGAAGCUAUUGAUCCCAAGGUUCUUCGUAGCAGGCAGCUAGCAAUUCGUGGAAAUGAAAUGGCUCAAGUUGAAGAAUACACAGCAGCUAUACAAUUGUUUACUGAAGCAAUUAAUUUAGACCAAACAGAUUUUCGGUUUUUUGGAAAUAGAUCUUACUGUUAUGAUAGGAUAGAACAAUAUGAUAGAGCCUUGAGAGAUGCAGAACGGGCAAUAAAAUUAGACAAGGAAUGGCCUAAAGGGUACUUCAGGCAAGGGAGAGCAUUAGCUGGUUUAAAAAUGUAUGUUGAAGCAGAGACAGCUUUCAUGCAGGUUUUAAAACUAGAUAAGAAUUGUGAUGAUGCUCAUGCGGAACUGCUGAGAGUAAAAACUCAUCAGUUAAUGGACAUGGGGUUUUCACAGUCACAGUCUGAAGCAGCUAUUAAAAAAUAUGGAACUGUACAGACAGCCUUAGAUUCACUCCUAGCUGGUGUCGACUCCUCCUUGAAUGAUCUGUACAUAUCUGACGAUGACGAUGAUGGCUUUCAUGUACACAGACCUGCACCAAUACCACCACCUGUCUUACAUCCCACUGAUACAAAAAUGGACCCGACAAAUCCUGAAGGGUUGACAGCUCUGUGGGUUGGAAAUGUUUUACCUACGGUUACAGAAAAGAAGUUGACUUUAUUAUUCUCAAAGUAUGGUCAGGUGACAAGUAUACGACUGCUACCUGAAAAAUAUUGUGCUUUCGUCAAUUUUAAGACCAAAGAAGCUGCUGGCAGGGCCAUGCAUCAACUGCAGGGAAUGGAGGUGGAAGGUCAAAAAUUACUUAUAAAAUUUCCAGAUAACCCACUGGCCAGUAAUCCUACCAACUUAACUUUACGAAAAAAUCUGACCAACGGGAAUGCAAAGCAAGGGGUUAGAAACAUACCAAAACAGACAGGUCCAGUGAACGGGGACGAGUGCUACUUCUGGAGAACUACAGGCUGCACAUUUGGAGGUGAAUGUAAAUGGCAACAUUAUCCUAAAAGUAAAGGAAUUGACAAGAAACCAUGGCAAAAAUAG